UGCAGAAAACAGAUAAGACUCUGAAGAUUAAAAUGUUCAUCUUCAUCUGCUACAAAUUAUUCUUCUCUUUCUUUCCACUGGUUGUAGUAGGAUUAGAUGAUUGUACAACAGCCUGGUGCGCUGAAGGUGGCCCGAGCAUUCGGUUUCCUUUCAGGCAUAAAUUUCUACAGCCAGAACAUUGUGGUUAUCCAGGUUUCAAUCUGUAUUGCAACGAGAGCAAUGAAACUGUGCUAGAACUGUCUUUUUCAGUUAAGCUAGCAGUAACAAAAAUUGAUUAUGUAUCUCAAAUAAUUCAGCUACAUGAUCCUGAUGGUUGUUUAGCCCAAAAGCUUAUGAAUCUUAGUUUAUCAGCCUCUGAAUUUCACUUCCUUACAGACGACUUGUAUGACUACAGUCUGUUCAACUGUUCUGUAACUGAUAGUCCUUGUCUCAGAGUCUAUGCCAUUGCUUCUGAUGAUUACGUUGACUCAUAUUCUUUUCCUCCAUGUACCAAGAUCCAUGAAAUUUCUUCUGUUCCAAGGAAUAUAUUUAAUGAAAAGUAUCUUUAUCUGAAAUGGAUGAAACCAUAUUGUGUCCCCUGCGAUGCUCAAGGCAAAAAUUGCAGCUCAGAUGCUACUACAAGAGAGACUCUGUGUACCAACAAGCCUGAGACACGUAGUAGUGCACAUAGGAGACGUUUGGUUACAGGUGGCACCUUAGGUGUUUUCCUUUCAGUGGGAACAUUUGUAGCACUAUACUAUGUCUAUAGGUUAAGUAGAAUAAAGAAAGAAGAUCAUGCGAAGAUUGAAAAGUUUUUGGAAGAUUACAGAGCUCAAAAGCCCACCAGAUUCUCUUAUGCCGAGAUCAGAAGGAUUACAAAUCAAUUCAGUGAAAAAUUGGGUGAAGGUGGAUACGGAACUGUAUAUAAAGGGAAGCUAUCCAAUGAAAUUUAUGUUGCUGUAAAAGUCCUCAACAAUUCCAAGGGAAACGGGGAGGAAUUUAUCAAUGAAGUUGGAACAAUCGGGAAAAUCCACCAUGUCAACGUGGUUCGUUUAGUAGGUUUUUGUGCUGACGGAUUUAGAAGAGCUCUCAUGUAUGAAUUUCUACCGAAUGAUUCACUGGAAAAGUUUAUUUUCCGAGCUGGUCCUACGAGCAAUUCCCUUGGUUGGAAGAAGCUCCAAGAUAUUGCUCUAGGCAUAGCUAAAGGAAUUGAAUAUCUUCACCAGGGUUGUGACCAACAGAUCCUUCAUUUUGAUAUCAAGCCCCACAAUAUCUUGUUAGACCACAACUUCAACCCAAAAGUCUGUGACUUUGGUCUAGCCAAGUUGUGUUCCAAGGAAAAGAGUACUGUGUCAAUAACGGUUGCAAGAGGAACCAUGGGCUAUAUUGCACCUGAGGUUUUAUCAAGGAAUUUUGGCAAAGUAUCUUAUAAAUCAGAUGUUUAUAGCUUUGGGAUGUUAUUGCUCGAAAUGGUUGGAGGGAGAAAGAAUAAUGAUACUACAGCAAACACUAGCCAAGUGUACUUUCCCGAAUGGAUUUCUAAUCAAUUAAGUCAAGGAGAAGAGUUGCACAUCCGAAUUGAGGAAAGUGAUGAUGCAACUAUACUAAAAAAACUAGCUAUUGUGGGGCUCUGGUGCAUUCAGUGGUAUCCAACAGAUCGGCCAUCCAUGAAAGUAGUAGUUCAAAUGUUGGAAGGAGAUGUGGACAAUCUCACCAUGCCUCCCCAUCCGGUUCCAGAUACAAAUGGGACAAACUCCAUUGCAGGAAUACGACGAAGACCUCAUCAGAUAGAGUUGGCAGUCAUAUCAGAAUUGGAGUGACACGGCAAAUUUUAGUGGAUUUGAAUUUUUAAAGCACUAGGGAGUAUUAAAUAUUUGCUUGCUGGCUAUUUUUCCUUCCAUUUACUGCAACCAUGUUUUUCGUAGCUUUUAUUUCCAACCUAAGAAUCAUAUUUUUUCUCUAAAAACGUGUAAUGUGCGAAAUAAGAAUGACAUUCUUUUUGACU